AUGCCUGGCACUUUCCCAACUUCUGGUGUUGUGCGGACGCCAACCAGGACAGCAGCACCAGCGCAGGAAAGGGUUACCACGAGGUUUGAGGUGGAUCAAACGCAACCCACGACAAGUGUGAAAAUCCGGUUGGCGGAUGGAACGAGGUUUGUGUCUUUUUUGUUUUACCCAUUCGAUACACCUGUGGAACUUUAUCAACGCCUCUUGUCUCGAAAACCUUACGAGAUCGCGACAACCUUGCCUAAUCGUGUCCUUGAUGACAACACCGCUACGAUAAAGGACGCGGGUUUGGUCAACAGCGUCGUGAUACAGAAGUGGGUGUAG